CCCUGCUCCCAACGUCCGAUUGUCGCCUCUCGGUGCCUUGAAAGGCAGACGACGUGGUGCCUGUUUGGCAGACGAAGGAGUGAGCUCCGGUGCUGACUGAGGAAGUCUGGAAGGAGGGGGCGGGCAAGGAGAGGCUGGAGUCGGUGACACCCCCUCCUUCCCACGCUGCGAGCGCCCGGACGACAGCGAGAUGACAGCCGGGAGCCCGGGAGACUGCGGGGAGAUGCGGAGGAGCCCCGAGGGCCGCGUCUCCCGCCUGGGCCGCCGCCUGGGCCGCCGCCGGCGCCCGCGCUCUCCGCCCGAGCCUCUGCGGGUGCGGGCGCGGCUGCGGCUGCGCUCGCCGUCGGGGGCGUUCGCGGCCCUGGGGGCGCUCGUGGUGCUGGUGGGCAUGGGCAUCGCCGUGGCCGGCUACUGGCCGCACCGUGCCGGGGCCCCGGGGCCCCGAGCCGCCAAUGCCAGCUCACCCCCUGUUAGUGAGCUGCGACGCGAGGGUCGCGGCGCGGGCCGGGGUCAUGGUCCGCACGAGCGGCUGCGGCUGCUUGGGCCAGUGAUCAUGGGCGUCGGCUUGUUUGUAUUCAUCUGUGCCAACACGCUUCUCUAUGAGAACCGAGACUUGGAGACGCGACGACUCCGCCAGGGGGUGCUACGGGACCAGGCCCUCCGGCCCCCCGACGGCCCCAGCUGGGACUGCGCUCUCCUUCCCAGCCCUGGCCCAAGGACUCCCCUAGCCAUAGGCUGCGCUGAGCCAGAAGGUUGGGACCUGUCCCCGCGUCGGGGUACCUCACCCGUCCCGUCAGUGCGGAGUCUGCGUUCAGAGCCUGCUAAUCCUCGCCUCGGGUUACCUGCCCUCCUCAACCGUUACCCGCUGAAGGGUCCAGGGCUGGCCCCUCCCUGGGCUCCACGAACCCAGACUGGCCACGUGAUCAUCACGGUGCAGCCCUCUGGCUCCUGCAUUGAACAUUCCAAGUCUCUGGAUCUGGGCCUUGGGGAGCUCCUCCUUGGGACCCCAGCUGCUCGUGACUGUGCUCACAGAAGCUGGCCACGGCUGGACCGUCUCAGUCUGGGGGGGUAUGCCAAAUUGGGAGGAGAGAAUUUGGGGGCCCGGGUCUGAGGAGUAGGGGGGACAACCCGCUAUGAGGCUGCAGCAUGAACCAUGAUAACAGGACCAGAGACCAUAGCUGCUUCAGGCACAUCUCAGGUUGGGAUGGACCUCCGACCACAGCAGCUGUUAAGGCAUCCUACCUGUGUGUGGUAGCUGCACUAAGGCUUGGUGAGCCAGCAGGAGUGGUUUAAAGUGGAGUGUGGAGACCAGCAUGCCUCGGCCUCAGGAAUUUCUUCAGCCUCCAUAUGUGGCCUUAGCCCUGGACAGGUACCUGAGGGGACUGGAAGUCCAGGCCAAAGGUGAUGGGGAGAUGCACCCGGUGUCUUAACAAACCCAAAGUGGUGGGCAAGGACCUCUAAGACUUGGAAGGUAGGUUGGGAUGUUGCAGGCUGGGACAGACAGGCCUUCUCCAGAGUAGGGCUAGAGCUUGGGCUUCUGGGAAGAUGGGCAAUGGGAGGGUGCUGAGACCCUCCACUGCCAUCUGGGAUGGGGACUGAACCUUUAGCUCCCAUCACCUCAAACCCUUUCUUUCUUCAGCCAUGCAGGGUAUAUCCCACUAGGGCUAACUACUGCCAAUGUCUUCAUACUAAGGUCUGACCACUCCCCAGAGAGGUCUGAGAAGCCCUCCUCUUUUUAUUUCUUAUUUUUUUUUUAUUGUGGCCUGUGCCGCAGUCUCCCUUCAGCUGGCAAAAAGCAUUUGCCAGUUCUCAGAAACCCCUUUGUACAACACUGAAGCUGCAUUUGGGCCAAUGUGGGGAGCUUACUUUAGAAAAUGUUUUCAGGUUAGGUCUCCCCCAUCCAGCUUUAAUUUUCCCCAAGUUACUGAUAGAAGAGAAUACAAAAGUAGAUCAAUCCUUAGAGUCAGUGGGCUUUUUUUUUUUUUUUUGAAGUUUAUUGAAAAAUGCAAUACAAGAAGCAAGACCAAAUACAUACCUAAACACUACAACCACUUCUCUUACUACAAAAGGCCAAAACAGCAGACCUAAUUAUUGCCUAUUUAAUCUAGGGAUUUUGCCAAUUUGAUUCUGCUGCCAUGGUUCCUAUUUUGUCAAGAAAUGUAAACAACUACUUGAUAUGAUUCAUAAUUUUUUUAAAAAAUUUACAAAGCUCCUUCAUUUUUGUCACCAAAAUAAUACAUUUGAGAGAGAUUUGUAAAAACAACCAGCCUGGGGCUGAGCUCCUGGGCAGAGGUUUCCCAUGAGCAUCAAGGGGUGUUGGUCAAGCCAUAGCUCUGGCUCCAUUUCCCAAGGUAGAUGGUGGUCUCCUCACCCCUGGCUGCUCAAGGUUCCCCCAGAAUAUAGUGAUGGCCCCAGUGGGGGCGGGGAAUGAUGUCCCCUGCCRUUAGGCUUCCUGGGCCCUUGGUUGUGAGUGCAGACCUUGCUUCGUGGGUAGGUGGCAGAGCUCUCCUGUGGUUUGAAGGAAAUCUUUAGUUCUGAAGUAAAAAUAAAAUGGCAGUGAGAGUUGUUACUGUGGUGUGUCUGAGUCACUUUAGGAAUCGCUGUCUGGGACCCUGGAAGUGUGACUCUCCUCCCCACGCAUUACCAUUUCUACCUGGACAGUCUAUUUUUUUCUUCUCACACAUACACACAAUUGCAGAAUGAAAGAAAAAAAAAAUCCAAACAAUUGCCAAACUCCAAGAUCUGUUGCCAGAAUGGGAGGAAGGGGAAGCGGCCUGGGAGGAAGUUAGUGUAAUUCUGGUUCAACUGACAGAGAAGGAGGGAGCUGGCGGCAGAGCUGAGGAAAGCUUAGGUCCCCAGAUGCGAGGUCCUGUGCUAUGAAGGCUGCCACACUGAUCUGGAGAGCACAGAACAUUGGGGAUGCUGGAGACAUGCAUUCGACCCUCCGUUCGCCCAUCCUCUUCCUCCCACAGGUCUCCAGUUUUUGUUUGUUUUGGAGAUAGGGUCUUGCUCUGUUGCUAAGGCUGGAUACAAACUUACAAAACUCCUGCCUCAGCCUCCCAAGCAGCCGGAUCCUGGGUGCGUACCACUGCGCCCAGCUCUAGGUUUCCGCAUCGUGAGCGCUGGUAGCUCCUUCGGCAGGACACCUGACCACUUGAAAGUAAGCUCAUUAUCCAUCUGUUUGAUGGGACAGGGGUUCAAACCUGACAACACAGUCCUGGCUUGGGCCCCCAGAAAGCCUCAUCACGCCAGACCCUAUGCCACAGCCUGUACAUCUGCUCCUGAGACAGAACAACCCGCUGGCCCCCAGCCUGUCAUAACUCCCCCGACUCUCCCCUCCCUCCUGAGCUGCCUGUUGGCAAUAGUGGUCUCACGUGAGAACUAAAAGAAAAAAACGCACACACUCGCAAUCAGUUCAAAUCAGCUGAGUUUGUCUAAGUAACACUCGGCUAGUAGAGACUUUGGACACGUGCUGCUGGCUUCAGACUGUGCUCAUGCUCAGUGUCCUUGAGCCCCGGUGAUUGCUGUCAGUGACUCACUGACUAAUCUCAUGAAGUUCGCUUCUAGCCUAGAAUUAGGAUUCUAAGAAGCUUCCAGGCAGAUCUGUUGUGGGAAGCAAGCUGGAGGAUUAGAGAAGCCCUAUUGAAUAAAAAUGCCCCAAAUCCUUACCAGGAAUUGGGGACAUCAGUCCUCACUUUCAAAACCAAGGCAAAUAAAAAACUUAAAUCCAAAACCCACCACAAAAUCAAGCCCACAAAACCUGACAGACCUCAGGUGGUGAGGGGGGAUGAGCAGCCCUAGGGCUUAUUCCCAUCAUGUGGUGUCCUGUGGGAGGGAUGGUCCCUAGAAGCCGAUAAUCCCCUUGCUCCAGAAGGAUGUCCUCAGGCAGGUGCCUCUCAGGAGGAAGGUUAGAGAACACAGCCUCCUGUCUGAGCUACAUCCCUUGUGACAAUAAAUUAAGAAAGGCCCAGACCUGGUUACCUGAAACACUCCUUAGAAGACUGAGGUAAGCGCCACUCCUCAGCAUGAAGUGCGCACUCCCAGAACUAGAACACCUUAUUCUAAAAACCUCAUUAGCUUUCCUUCCCCAAACCGCCACUGAAAACAUUCCAUUAGAGUAGAGCUUUUGGCCAAAGGUGCCUACUUUUCCGUGAGUUUUGGUCUCCUGAGACGGGAGCCUAGGGGAGUGCUUGGCAGAGCCACCGCUGCUGCUGAGGUACAAGGGCAACUGGGGAGGUGAAGGCCACGGGUAUGUUCAAACAUUCACAGUAUCAGAUCUACCUGAAGCAACUUCUUAUGUCUCUGACCAAAAGAAGCUCCAAAACAGAGCGCGCGCGAGGGAGGGAGAACAGCACUACAUUCUCAGCGGAGGUCUC